AUGCCAUUCUUUGAUGUGGUUCCAGCACAGGUCGAGAAGGAGAACUCGCUGCGCCUGCGAGGACUCAACCAGGUCGGCUCCGCAGAGUUGCCGUACGGACUCUCGCAAGGCCAUGCCCGGAAGAAAAUCACCAAUCAUGAAGAGAGGCUGAAGAGAAAGGAAGGCUACGAAGGUCGCUGCCCCGCUGAGAGCAACGACCGUGGCAUGAAGCAUUGCUCGAAAGGGCUGCAGAGGGUGUCAGGCCGCAGUGUGAAGGACAAGACCGCCACGAGCCAGCGUGAAGCGGAGACUGAGACGCCCCAGAAGCGAGUCAGGGCCCAGUCGAGCGGCGUUGAGAUGUCACCUGCCGCACCACCCGACGGGGAGCUCGUGGAAUGGGACUCGCUCCAGCCGAUUCGAAAGAGUGAUGAUGAAGAGGAGGUGCUGCCAAAGCAGAAGAGUAAAGAGUUCGACAAGGGCGAGAAGAACGAGAAGAACCCGCCGAAGCCGAAAAAGGGCCGAAGGGAUGUGCAGAAGGUCGACGUGAAGAAGCUCCUUGAGGGAACCGAGGCGGAGUCAGCGAAGUCCGUGAUGGAGAGCGAAGCGCCCAGCUCAUCGGCAGCGCAGCCUGCGCAGCCCAUCGACGCAGUCCCCGUGCCAGGCUCCGCAGUCUACAACGAGGCCGUCCAGAACCUGCUCAAUGUCUUGGGUUCCGGUGGCGUAACAAAGGAGCAGGUCGAGUAUAGCUUGUCGCGCAACAUCGAGCAAGGCAUGGACUUGACGCAAGCGGCGGACCGCGCUUACACGGACCUUGUGUGUGAAGGGCCGUCUGGACAGCCCAACGACGCUGAGGCGGAUGCCGCAGUCGAAGAGGGCUCUGAGGAGGAGGAAGAGGAGCAGCUGCCCCCGAUCGACCUCCCAGAUCUGAUCCCACAAGAAAGGCGACCGCCAAUCCCGGCAACACCCCGAGGCUGGCAGGCCUGUUGGUCCACCGAGCACUCGACCUUCUACUACUACAAUGAAGAGCGGAAGCAUUCGCAGUGGGAGUGGCCGCUGGAGGGAGUUCCGGCUGACAUGACCGACGCUCUGCUGGAGAGAUUAGUCACAGAGAUCAAGAGUGCAGCUGGCUGCACAGAAUACAAGGCCAAAGUCGCGCUCAUGGAGACUGGCUUCUCGCACCCCGCCGCAUGUACGCUCCUCUACGAGGAGCAGAAAAUGAUGGAGCAGGAGGCCGACGAGCGCUUCCAGGAGCUCAAGCUAGGCUUGAAGCAAAUGCAUAGACAACAGGCGAGCGUGGAGAACUUCCUGGAAGACUUGGAGUACGUUUGCUGCGAAAGCUUCGUCUGCCACGAGGAGGACGUCUGCUUGAGGGUGGUGAAGGGGGAGCGCUUGAAGCUCUACUACCAGGACCCACUGGAGGCAGACUACCUGAAGCAUGCCGGCGAAGGCUGGGCCUACGUCGGCUUCAAAGACAAUGAGAAUACUCACGGAUGGAUACCCCAGGAGUGCAUGCAGGUGGCGGUGAGGCCGCCAAAGAAAAGGGUGCAGUGGCAGAGAUACAAAGUGAGAGAGAGCUGGGCGGCGCAGAAGCGACACGACAUCGACGGGUUUCUCCGUGUGGAGAAGGGGGACGAAAUCGAAAUGCUGGAGAACUUGGAAGCAGGCGCCUGUUCUUGGGUGUAUUGCUUCGAAGUCGAGAGCGGCCUGGCGGGCGAGAUCCCGGAGCAUUGCCUGGAGUGA